AUGUCUUACGGACGCCUUAUGAACACUUCCACACGUGCUGCCGCAUCAGCUGUGGUCUCCACCAAACGAGUUGAUUUCAUCAGCGAGCUGCCGUUUGAAAUCGUGAUGGAAAACAUUGUUCCCAGGAUCAUACACCAAAAGGAUAGAGCCUUGAGUCUUCGCAAUCGCCACACCUACUUUGCAGUGUGUACGACAUGGAGCCAAAGAAUCGCUGCAAGUGACGAAAGCAUUCAUUUCUACAUCAGCAGUAACAAGGAUUUCACAAAGGACGAUUGGAUGCGUGUACAAGCCGUGGCAGGCUAUAUAAAAACGCUCACUGUAACAGCGUCCAAUCAACAAGCCAUUUUCAAUCUUCUGCAGUAUGCACAUCUUUCGUCCUUGAACGAUUUGACAAUGACAGUAAAAGGUUCUCAAGGACAUUGGAUGAGGCUGCUUCAAUCAAUCCCCGCUCUGAAAUGCUUGCGUAUCAUAUCCAAAAUGAUGGGGAGCUCCCUCCAAGUAUUCGAGAUGUUGCAGUACUGUCCCAAGCUUGUUCAAUUGGAUAUUACAUUGGAUAAUGGCAGCAGUGUCACUUUCAACAUGUACCACAAUCAUGGAUACCCCGCCUUACGACACCUUCAUGCUUCGUAUGAAGCUGCAAAUUCGGCUAUUGUUCCACGUAUCAUUCAGCAUUUCACAUGUUUGGAUGUACUACGCUUGACAACUCCUAUGAUCAGCUAUGAAGACUUGAGUAAGGUUUCUCAGCUAUGCCCACAGCUACAGCGGCUAUUGCUAGGGAAUAGGAAUGGUACACCACACACAGAGAAUGCUUUACUUCAGCAAGGAGAUUCAAGAGGCAUUCGAUUGCUGUUCAUCCAAUCAUCAUUGUUUCAUGGAGAUUGCAUUGCACGCUUUCUAAAGGAGCAUGCGACCAGAUUGGAAUCGGUGGAGGUGUUGCUCUCUGCGUCUUCUAUAUCGUAUAUCAGUUCCCUCCUCCAUGAGCCUGUUGUACUUGAUCGAUUGCGUUCCUUGCGAUAA